AUGGAUUUUAUUUAUACACAAGCCAAUACGCCUGUAGGCAGAGAUUAUCACAACUCGUACUUCAAAGGAUCAAUUACAAUUGACGAGCACAGAAGACAAAAAUUACCACAGAUAUCACCUUUUUCCAACGCUAGUAGAUUCAAAUCAUGUGCUAUUAUCGGCAACAGUGGUAUAUUACAAAACACGUGUUGUGGUCGAGAAAUUGACUCUUACCAAUUUGUUAUGAGUUAUGGACUGUUGAAUGAUUCGCACAAUGUGACUAUGUUUCAAAAAGCCAUGUCUGAAUACAAAGGAUAUAUCUUAUGGAUACCUAACGCCUUUUCAGUUCCUACAACCAUGGCGUUCAAUGUAUCCGAUGUUUUGCAGAACACCAGGCUGAAUUUACUGCUGAGUGACGUCAAAUAUUUCAAGGUUUUGCAGAGCUUUUGGAAUCUUAAGAAGCAACUGUCAUCAGGUUUAAUUGUAUUCAGCAUGGGACUCACACUCUGUGACGAAUUACACAUAUACGGUUUCUGGCCGUUUCCUUUUGACUGGGAUGGAAAUGAUGUACCGUACCAUUAUACCGAAGAUUACAGCUGGUCAACGUACAAGAAGACGCACGACUUUCCGGAAGAGUUCGAUCUUCUCACUAAACUUCAUUCUCAGGGAGUGUUAAAACUGCAUGCAGACAAGUGUAUUAUGUAA